GAGGGAGAGGGAGAGCGCGUGAGAAGGAGAGCCAGACAGAGAUGCAGAGACCCAGUCUGCUUGCCUGUGCCGGUGAGGUUUUUCCUGGCAGCGCCGCUCAACACUGGAGCCCGUUGGGACCAGGACUAGCCCAUCAGGGAAUACAACCCAAGCCAGCCCGGACCCAGAACCGGCCGUGGGCGCCAUGUCCAGCUCCGCUCCCGAUCCGGCAUCUCAGAGGGUCCAGUCUAAAAAGGCUGGAAUCCGGGCUGCUGUGAUUCUCAUCGGACUCCUGCACAAGUCAAGACGAGCGAAGGAGAAGGAGAGGGAGAAGGAGCGGAAGCAGGAGCUGCUGACCAUCUCCAACGUACCCCUGGGAGACUGCCCCCCCUCGCCCCCCCGCACGGCUCCGCCCACCAUGAAGUCUGCAGAGUUCUUCGACAUGCUGGAGAGGAUGCAGGUCCCUAAAACUGAGGAGACGAAGCCCCACUCCCAGAGAAGCAAGGAUGAUUACAUCCCUUACCCACGGAUAGAGGACGUUCUGCAGAAGGGCGGCCCGUACCCCCAGGUGAUCCUGCCCCAGUUUGGGGGUUACUGGAUUGAGGAUGUGGAGGUGCCUGCGGGAACUCCGACCUCGUCAGAGAGCAGCUUCUGUGAGGAGGAUGAGGGGGGGGGCAUGAGCCCCGGGGGAGGCUUCGCCUUCAGGCUGGAGAGCAACAGCACCGCCAGGGCCUACCGCAAACACUUCCUGGGAAGGGAGCACAUGAAUUACUAUUGUACAGGCAGCAGUCUGGGGAACCUUGUCAUGUCACUGAAGCACGAGGAGACAGAGGGCCAGGAGUUCCUCCGCAUCAUUCUCAGGUCCAGGACAAAGACUCACCAUGACAGGAUCUCGCUGGCAGGCCUCAACCAGCUUCCCAGUGUGCCUCAAAUAGCCAAGCUUCUCUGUGAUGACGUGACUGGCCUGAAGUUCAACCCUGUCCUGUACCCAAGAGCCUCUCAGUUGAUAGUCGGCUACGACGAACAUGAAGUGAACAACACCUUUAAGUUUGGUGUCAUCUACCAGAAGUUUGGUCAGACAUCAGAGGAGGAGUUGUUUGGGAACAAUGAGGAGACGCCAGCAUUCCAAGAGUUUCUCAGUAUUCUGGGAGACCACAUUGAGCUGCAUGACUUUAAAGGGUUCCGUGGCGGUCUGGAUGUAUCUCACGGUCAGACGGGCUGUGAGUCCAUCUACACGGUAUUCAGACAGAGGGAGAUUAUGUUCCACGUUUCCACUAAACUCCCCUUCACAGAGGGAGACGUUCAGCAGCUCCAGCGGAAGAGGCAUAUAGGAAAUGACAUCGUGGCUGCUGUCUUCCAGGAAGAGGCCACACCCUUUGUGCCUGAUAUGAUCGCCUCCAACUUUCUGCAUGCAUAUGUCCUGGUGCAGGUGGAGAACCCGUGCACGGAACACGUAACAUACAAGGUGUCAGUUACAGCCAGGGAGGACGUACCUAUGUUUGGCCCUCCUCUCCCAAAUCCAGCAGUCUUCAAGAAGGGUCCUGAGUUCCGUGACUUCCUGCUGACGAAGUUGAUCAAUGCAGAGAAUGCCUGCUACAAGUCUGACAAGUUUGCCAAGCUAGAGGGCCGGACACGUGCAGCGCUGCUGGAUAACCUUCACGAUGAGCUCCACAGACAGACCCAGGUUACCAUGGGCCUGGGCCAGGCGGGGGAGGAUGACAAACUGGAGAAUGGAGGUCAUGGAGGUCUGCUUGAGUCCUUCAAGCGCGCGAUGCGUGUUCGGAGCCACUCCAUGGAGACCAUGGUGGGAGCCCACCGUCACCGCAGCCCAGGGGUGGGAGGAGGCGUGCCAGCCAGCCUGAGUGGAGGAGGGCUGCCCCAAAGUGCCGAGUGUACCAAGAGCACUUUCACGCCUCCAGUGCUGUUAGCUAAGUCUCCUCUGAAGAGCCCAGUAAAGCGUCGUUCUGGCCUUUUCCCUCGCCUUCACUCCAGCACCGAGAGCCCCUCGGACAAGCACACACGAAGUGACCAAAAGAACCCAGACAUCUGCCCACUGACACAGGACGGGAGGUCAGAGACGACGUCCAACCCCAGCUCGCCGGAGACCUGCCCUAACAAGGAGAGGCCAUUUACCAAACUGAAGGACUGCAGCAGCAUUAGACCCAACAUUUCCCGUUCCUCAUCCAGCACCAGCAGCUUUAGCAGCACAACCGGGGAGGCAGAGGUCCUGGAGGAGCUGGACACUGGCAGUCAACCAUCCACAGCAUCUACGUCCAUGUCCAACCAAUACCCUUCCCUCAGCGUGGAGAGCCAAGGCUUGGCCACACCCCUUAUCAUGUGUCGCAGUCCCACAGAUGUGAAGAGUAAGACAUCCCCCAAGUCAAACCUGAAGUUUCGCUUUGACAAGCUCAGCCACUCCACACCAUCCGAGUAGAAAUCUGGAUAGUGAAAAAAGGGACAACACUAGCUGGUGGAGCAAUCAACAUCAACUAUGGAUCACAAAGGAAUUAUAAAAUAUUACUAACAUGAUCACUGAAGAGACUGAAGUGGACCAGCUAGGCCUCAGCACCAACAUGGGCAUCUGCUAAAUUGGUUAGGAAAGAGGAUGCAGUGAGUCUGAACAGAGUUGGGAGACAGAGGUUGCUUGAUGUGUCUCUCUCCCUUUAUUCUCCCUCUAUCUCUCUCCUUCUCUCUUUAAUCUCUUUCCCCCUUUCUCUGUCUUCAUAUCUCUUUCUCUAUU